AAUACACAAUUGCAGCUACUCAAAAUCAAAUUAAUGAAAUAAUGAAAGUGGUAGUUUCAAUACAUGUUCUUGAUAUCAAUAGUUUAUAUCCUACAGAAAUAGAUAAUAUAGAUGAAAACAUAGAAGUACAUAUUAAUGAUUUACAAAUAAUCAGCAACAUUACAGAAUCAAUUGGAAAAU